UAUCAGUGAGUUUAUAAUUUUUGUAAAAAAGUAUUAUUAAUUUCAUUUUGAAAUUAUGACAAUGAUCCAGUUCAACUGGAUUUGGAAAAUUAUUAUCCAGUAUAUGAUGCUUAUUCUACACACUCAGCCUGAGAUAGUUAAUACGGAGAGGUCUAUGAAAACAAUAUUUUCAUGUUUAAACCGAACUGCUGGUUUUUAUGCAGAUAUUAAUGCUAGUUGUAAGAUAUAUCACACUUGUGAUGAAUAUGGAAAUAAAUUCACUUAUCAUUGUCCUGAGGAAACUGCUUUUCGACAAGAUGCUCUGAUAUGUGAUCAUGCUCAUCUUGUGCAAUGCCAAGGAAGUAUUAUUUCUAGUACAAAAGAAUAUAUUAAAGAAGAAAAGGACAAUAGUUCUGAUACAAAACACUCAAUAGAUAACGAUCAAUCCCUUUUUCAUUCUUUUUACAUGACACAACCAACAAACACAAGUAAUAAAGAAAGAUAUGGAUUUGUCUUUAAUUCAAGACAAAUUUUUAAGAAUUUUAAUAAGACAGAAACAACUGGAAGGGAUAUAAUAAGCUCAUUUUAUCCAUUAAGUUAUAUUAAUUAUACUACAAAUAUUCCUAUUGAUCAUUCUAUAAAUACACAAUCUAUGCAUAUAAUAAGUCAAUAUAAUGAAAAUGGAUUAAGAAAAAAUGAAAAUUUUUCUACUCCAAGUCAAAGCUUCCAUGAGAAGGAUAAACUUAAUGAAAAACUAAUACGAAUGAAUCAAAAAGGUUAUUUAUACCAAAAAGUAAAUGAUGCUUUAUAUAGUUUUCUAAAAUUACCUUCAAAUACAUUUUCUGGAAGUAAUCAAACUCAGGAGAAUAAUGUAAAAAUCUAUCAAUCGACAAAAAAUCCUAUUGACUUUUUAAAAUUAUCACCUAUAAAUUAUAGGAAUUACCCAUAUUUAGAAACUUUGAAAUCUAUACAAAAGAAUACAAAAAUGAUUUCUACUACAGUUCAUAGUACAACAGCAAGUAUGACACUAUCUACUACAGAAAUACCUGUGUAUGCUCUAACAUUGUCUUUAAAACCUUUAAUACCAAGCGAACUAGAAUAUGAUCCAUAUUAUCCAAAAUUCUCAACAACAACAGAACCUUAUUAUACUUCUACGCAGAACCUAAAAGAAUGGUCUACUCAAACAGUGCGGUCAACUACUCACCUUGAACUUCCAGCAGUUUUACCAGACUUAAAUUCUUUGGAUGACAUUGUUGAUCGCAGGAAGUUACUUUACAUUCCUCGAAUUAAAUUCAAUUAAUAAAAUGACGUUUUCAGAGAUUAUCUAUUAUUUCUAUUUUGUCCAAUGUAAAACAUUCGUUGCAUUAGCCAUUUCCUGUUCACGAACUUUCUUUGAUGAAACUGUAGAAAGGCUAACUAUUUUGCAACUUCGAUGAUUUUUGGAUAUAUUAUAGAAAUCGAUAUUUUGGAUAACUUCUUCCUAUACAUGAGGGUGACUCGCUUACUUUUCAAGAUAUUCGCGAAGAACUAUCAUUGCUACUGCAGCAAAUUUUGCUUGUAGUUCCAUGACUGUAGUAACAUAUGCGUCAGUAUUGAUUGCCGGCAGCUUAUCUUCUGUUUAUAAACGAGAUGGAGCGAGCUUAAAGACUUCAUGCGCAAUGUGCAUAUGCGAGGUUGCAAGAAAUAUCUAUUAUAACUUAUAAUUCAAUUAAGAGUGAAUAUCAUCAAUGUAUUGGGUUAGAUAUCUCAAUUCGGCUGUCGCAUGGCAGCUAGUGUCACGUAAAAUAAAAAAAAAAAGAAAUCGAAGAUGAAAACAAAAAUAAAAAAUAAAAAAUAAAAAGAGAAUUUAUUUUUUAACACUUGAUUUACA